AUGGACUCUAGAAGAGUAGAGUCAGAGGAGAAACACCUGGUGUGUCCUGACAAGCACGCAGACCUGAUUCCUUCAAAACAGACCAUAAACAAUCAAAGCUCCCCAGUGGGCUUCAUACUUCUGGGCUUCUCUGAACAUCCAGACCUGGCAAAGAUUCUCUCUGUGGUUGUCUUGUGUUCCUACCUCCUGACCCUGGCAGGCAACACACCCAUUAUACUGCUGUCCACGCUGGACUCCAGGCUCCAUUCUCCAAUGUACUUCUUCCUCUGCAACCUCUCCUUCUUGGACCUCUGCUUCACCACAGGCUGUGCCCCUCAGAUGCUGGUCAACCUCUGGGGCCCCACAAAGACCAUCAGCUUCCUGGGCUGCUCGGCCCAGCUCUUCAUCUUCCUGUCCCUGGGGACCGCCGAGUGCGUCCUCCUGGCAGCGAUGGCCUUUGACCGCUGUGCCGUCUGCCCACCCCUGCACGGUGCCGUCGUCCGUCCCCGCUUGUGCUGGCAGCUGGCAGCUGUGGCCUGGGUCAUGGGGUUGGUCCACUCCAUGGUCCAGACGCCUCCCACCCUCCGCCUGCCCUUCUGCCCCCACCAUCAGGUGGAUGACUUUGUGUGUGGGGUCCCUUCACUAAUUCGAAUCUCCUGUGGAGACACAACCUGCACCGAGAUCCAGAUGGCUGUCGCAAGUGGCCUCAUACUCGUUGUGCCUCUGAGCCCGUCCUUCUCUCUUAAGGCGCAAUUGCCCUGGCGGGCGGUGCUGAGGAUUGACUCUGCAACAGGGCGCAAAAAAGCUUCCGGAACUUGCUCCUCCCAUCUUAUUGUGCUCACCCUCCUCUACAGCUCAGUCAUUGCUGUUUAUCUGCAGCCCCAAAACCCUUAUGCUGGAGAGAGGGGCAAGUUCUUUGGUCUCGUCUAUGCAGUGGGCACUCCUACACUCAACCCUCUUGUAGAUACCUGGAGGAAUAGGGAGGUAAAGAGGGCGUUCUGGAGGUUGCUGGGGCAGGAAGAGGACUCCAAGGAGCAUUCCAAAUUAAGAGGAUUUUGA